CUUAAACUUCCCUUUUCAUCUUCAUCCACAUCUCUACUUUUCUUCUCUGCAACAACCACAAUGGCAGCUAUUAAAGCCGUUCACGUUUCCGAUAUCCCCAAACUUGAUCACAUUCCUGACAGCACCACCGCAUCAACUUUAUAUUCCACUUUCUUCUCAUCAUUUACAGGGAAUAAUUCACGGACAAACAAGUUUCAUGUGAUCGGACAUAGAGGAAGCGGUAUGAACAUGUUGCAGUCGCCGGACUCGAGAAUGAAAUCAAUCAAAGAAAACUCAAUCAUGUCUUUCAAUGCUGCUUCUAAGUUCCCCAUUGAUUUUGUUGAAUUUGAUGUUCAGGUGACAAGUGAUGGUUGCCCUGUCAUAUUCCAUGACAACUUCAUUGUUACCCGGGAAAAUGGUUCGAUAUAUGAGAAAAGAGUCACGGAGCUAACUUUAGCGGAGCUCCUUUGCUAUGGGCCGCAGAGAGGCGUUGAGAAGUUGGGAAAACCUCUCCUAAGAAAGAUCAAGGAUGGGAGAAUUUUCAACUGGAAUGUUGAGCAAGAUGAUUCUAUUUGCACAUUGCAAGAGGCAUUCCAGACUGUGAAUACUUCUUUGGGGUUUAACAUUGAGUUGAAAUUUGACGAUCAUGUCCUCUAUCAAGAAGAGGAACUCACAUGUGUUCUUCAAGCAAUUUUGCAGGUGGUUGCUAAAUACGCUAAUGAAAGACCUAUUAUAUUCUCUACUUUUCAACCUGAUGCAGCUGAACUAAUCAACAAGUUGCAGAAUACAUAUGCCGUUUACUUUCUCACAAAUGGAGGAUGUGAAGUGUACUCAGAUGUGAGAAGGAAUUCCUUGGAGGAGGCCAUGAAACUAUGCUUGAGAAAUGGCUUCCAAGGAAUUGUAUCAGAAGUAAAAGGCAUUUUUAAAAAUCCGGGAAUGGUAACCAAGAUUAAAGAGGCUAAUCUCUCGCUCUUAUCCUACGGCCAGUUAAACAAUGUAGCAGAGGCAGUGUACAUGCAACAUAUAAUGGGCGUUGACGGUGUGAUUGUCGAUUUAGUUCAAGAAAUAACUGAGGCGGUUUUUAAUGCACAAAACAAUGGAGCUGGUAAUGACAAUGAGAAAACAAAUACCAUCAAGAGCAUGAAAGAAGAGGAAGUGGAUAAGCAGACGUUGAUGACGCCAAGAACAAAACUAUCACCACGCGAACACUCGUUUCUACUGAAACUCAUACCUGAAUUGGUUCAACAUUGAAUGACCUUAAGGAAACUCUUACCUAAAACUCAAUACUGGCCUUAUCAAAUUAUCCAUGUUAGAUGCAGAAAAGGGGCUAAUUUCGUGUUUUCACAUAUCCUUGUAUAUAUAGACAGUAAAUGAAAUCAC